CUCACCAAAUGAAUCCCAACAGCAUCUCAAAUGCUUUAGUUUUCUUGUAACCUUUGCUCAAACAAAAGCAAAACAUGGACACUAACCACGCAAAAACUAGUAAUUAAAAAGAGUUCUCUUAAGAAAGCCUCAGUUCACCAAAUCCUCUUCCCUCUAUAACACGAUUCCCUUAUAUCCCACAUCUCACAAUCUCUCAGUUCACUAAUUUACUCCAAAUGCAUCAGUUUCGUCGCAAAGCUUCGCUCGUCAAUUCAGAAUCGUUCACUAUGAAGCAUCGAAAGAAUGGCAAUCUCCCAAUAUUUAUUGUGGUCUUCUCUAUCAUUCUCUUCGCCAUUUUCAUUUAUAAUGAAAAUGCAAAUGUAGUAAAGUCCUUAGCGGAGUUUCCCUUCAAUCUUAGCUCAAAGCCGCAGGAAAUUAUACAAGAAAACAUCGAGAGAAAGAGCAAAAAGACAACAGAAGAAGCUCAACAAGAGCACAAAGUCGAAACAAAUAUCAAGACAGAAAGUGUUACUGAUUCAAAGAGGGAUGAUCAGCUUCCUGCGCUGAUAGAGGAAGCGUUUGAAGGGCGAGCUGAGGUUUUAGAGCGCAACGUGGUGAAUGUACCUGAAUCGUGUGAUCUUUUCACUGGCGAAUGGGUUUAUGAUGACAUUGGACAUCCUUUGUAUCACGAAGAUGAGUGUGAAUUUCUCACUGCACAAGUAACUUGCAUGCGAAAUGGGCGUGUUGAUGAGACGUUCAUGAAAUGGAAGUGGCAGCCCCGAGAUUGCUCAUUGCCAAAGUUUGAUGCAAGAUUGCUCUUGGAGAGAAUUAGAGGGAAGAGGCUCAUGUUUGUUGGUGAUUCACUGAACCGGAACCAGUGGGAGUCGAUGGUGUGCUUGGUUCAGUCCGUCGUGCCUCCGGGAAAGAAAUCGCUGAACAAAAGUGGAUCCCUCGCAGUUUUUCGAAUCGAGGAGUACGACGCAACGGUCGAAUUCUACUGGGCGCCGUUUCUCGUGGAAUCGAACUCUGACGAUCCAACAAUGCAUAGCAUCCGGGACAGGAUCAUCAUGCCCGAGUCCAUCGAAAAGCAUGGGGAGAACUGGAAGGGGGUGGACUUCCUCAUCUUCAACACUUACAUUUGGUGGAUGAACACUUUCAAUAUGAAAGUCCUGAGAGGGUCAUUUGCUGAAGGGUCGACAGAGUAUGACGAGGUCGAUAGGCCUGUAGCAUAUGACAGAGUAUUAAGGACUUGGGCUGAGUGGGUUGAUGAGAAUAUUGAUGCCACGAAAACAAAGGUCUUCUUCAGCAGCAGCUCCCCCCUCCACAUAAAGAGCGAGGAUUGGGACAACCCUAACGGUAUAAAAUGUGCGAAGGAGACGAUGCCAAUCCUUAACAGAACCGCGCCAUUUGACGUUGGAACAGAUUGGCGCUUAUUCGUAAUAGCAACCAACAUUACGAGUUCAAUGAAGACUCCGGUGUUUUUCGUGAACAUAACGAAACUAUCAGAAUAUAGAAAAGAUGCUCACACCUCAGUGCAUACAAUAAGGCAAGGAAAAAUGCUAACACCUGAACAACAAGCUGAUCCUGAAAAUUUUGCUGAUUGCAUUCACUGGUGCCUCCCGGGCCUCCCAGAUACGUGGAACGAGUUUUUGUAUGCUAGGAUUGCUUCGCAACCUUGGGAAGCUUGACGAUAGCUUCAACCCUUUCCUCUAGUUUCAAAAAAGAAAAAUUUUUUAAUCUUCUUCGUUUCUUGAAGAAAAAUUGUUUUGUUUUUUGUUUCUAAUUGAUUUUCGUUAUGUAAGAUGAAUCAAGAGAAAGGGUUAGAUUUUUUGAGCGUCAAAUAUUACCGGUCACAAGACAAUAUUUGUAAGUUCUAAAGCAUGCCUUUCGGGAACUGUAUAUUGAGCUCUGAAAUGAGGAAAAAAUGAUAAUAUUAAAGAAAGAAAAUUUGUUCAGAAUCA